CCGCCUCCUCCUCCUUCCUCGGUUUCCCCCAAAAACCCCAAACCCCUCCUCCUCGCCAUGGCGGCGCCGUCCCAGACCACCGCCACCACCACCCACCACCGCGUCCUCCUCCCGUCCCACCACCACCACCGAGCGGUGCCUCCCUCGCUCCUCCGCCUCCCGCUCCGCGCCGCGCGCCGGGGCCGCCUCUCCGCCGCCGCCGCGGCCGCGGCGCCCGCCGCGUCGACCGCGGCGCCGUCGGAGCCCGCCGCGGGUGCCGUACCGGGGAAGCCGACGGUGCUCGUGGCCGAGAAGCUCGGCGCCGCGGGGCUCGAGCUGCUCCGGGGGUUCGCCAACGUGGACUGCUCCUACGGCCUCUCCCCCGAGGAGCUCCGCGCCAAGAUCCCGCUCUGCGACGCGCUCAUCGUGCGGUCGGGGACCAAGGUGGGGCGCGACGUGUUCGAGGCAUCCGGGGGAAGGCUCCGCGUCGUGGGGCGCGCCGGGGUCGGGAUCGACAACGUCGAUCUCGCCGCCGCCACCGAGCACGGGUGCCUCGUCGUCAACGCACCCACGGCGAACACCGUCGCCGCGGCCGAGCACGGCAUCGCGCUGCUCACCGCUAUGUCCAGGAACAUCGCCCAGGCCGACGCGUCGCUCAAGGCUGGUAAAUGGCAGCGCAACAAGUAUGUGGGUGUAUCUCUCGUUGGUAAAACUAUUGCAAUUCUUGGAUUUGGAAAGGUUGGGUCAGAAGUCGCUCGUCGUGCUAAAGGUUUGGGAAUGCAUGUGAUUGCACACGAUCCGUAUGCUUCUGCUGAUCGUGCCCAUGCAAUUGGAGUUGAGCUAGUGAGCAUGGAAGACGCUUUGACAACUGCUGACUUUAUCUCGUUGCAUAUGCCUCUUACCCCUGCAACAAACAAGAUGCUCAAUGAUGAAACUUUCGCUAAGAUGAAGAAGGGUGUUAGAAUUAUAAAUGUUGCGCGUGGUGGUGUAAUUGAUGAAGAUGCUCUAGUCAGGGCUCUUGAUUCAGGAAUAGUUGCACAGGCUGCUCUUGAUGUGUUCACUAAAGAGCCACCGGCACCAGACAGCAAAUUAGUGCUGCAUGAGAAUGUUACUGUAACACCACACCUUGGUGCCAGCACAGUUGAAGCACAGGAAGGAGUGGCUAUUGAAAUAGCUGAAGCUGUUAUUGGAGCUCUGAAAGGGGAACUUGCAGCUUCAGCAGUCAACGCACCAAUGGUUCCUGCUGAGGUGCUGUCAGAGCUUGCACCUUAUGUUGUGCUCGCAGAGAAGCUUGGGCGCCUGGCUGUGCAGCUAGUGGCUGGUGGCGGUGGUAUCAAGUCCGUGAAAGUGACCUAUGCUUCUGCAAGGGCUCCUGAUGAUCUUGACACGAGACUUCUUCGUGCAAUGAUCACCAAGGGGUUGAUCGAACCAAUCUCCAGUGUUUUCGUCAAUCUGGUCAAUGCUGACUUCACUGCGAAACAGAGGGGAGUUCGUAUCACUGAGGAGAGAAUCUUGUUGGAUGGCUCACCCGAGACACCUAUUGACUACAUCCAAGUUCAUAUUGCCCAUGUUGAGUCCAAAUUUCCCAGUGCAAUAUCGGAGAGUGGAGAGAUCACUGUUGAGGGGAAGGUGAAGGAUGGCAUCCCCCAUCUGACAAAGGUUGGAUCAUUCCAGGUUGAUGUGAGCUUGGAAGGAAGCCUGAUCCUUUGCAGGCAGGUCGAUCAACCUGGUAUGAUCGGCGCAGUAGGAAGUGUCCUUGGUGAGGAGAAUGUUAAUGUCAGUUUCAUGAGUGUUGGAAGAAUCGCUCCUCGCAAGCAUGCCGUCAUGGCGAUUGGUGUUGAUGAGGAACCUAAAAAGAGCACACUGACAAAGAUUGGGGAGAUUCCGGCGAUUGAAGAAUUCGUUUUCCUCAAGCUCUAGAUUCAUGCGUUGUAUGUUUGAAGCUGCAAACAUGGUGUGCAAUUUUGAUGUAGCUAGCUAUUUAAUCAGGAUCUAGAGGACUGAUGGUUCUCGUUGGAAUAAGCCUUUUUUGGGUUAUGGUGCUGUUUGUCGAGUUUGAUGCAGUGUCUUGAUUAAUCUGGCUUAGGUUUGAACAUGGUGCUUAUUAAUAAGAAGCCCUCUGUUAAUCUAUGUUUACUGUGUU